AUGGACAGGCCUGUAACGGGUAGUCUGCCAGAGGCUUCCAUUCGGCCCGAGGGCUUUUUUAAGAACACAGCAUCCACCAAUAUUGUUAAACGAGACGUGGAUUGUCCUAUGUCGAAUUGUUUUGCAAAUGAGAAUACUGAAGCCAUCUCUUCUCCAUAUAGUGGCUGUGUAAAUACCACGUCAAUCCUCUUAGAACCCAGUGAAUAUUUUUUUGACGAUGAUUUUGCCGUUCCGUUUGAUGCAAACCUGCGGGACGAGACUGCUCUUCAUCAUCGGGGCCUAAUAGAAGAUAGUGAUGAAGGCAUUUCUUCCUCUGGAACGACGAAUAGGGGACUUAUGGCACCACCCCAUUCUCGCUCCGACUCGUGCCUCUUUAGUCAGCCCGAUUCUGGCGAUAGCGGACAAGGUGGCGCAGGUGCUGAUAUGGAAAGGCGUUUCGAGUCUCCAGUUAACUCUAAUCGUGAUGCCUUUUCCCGUCUUUCGCCUCAGAACAAUAUAUGUUGUCCCGAUAGUACGAGUGCAUCAAAUCCUGGGAGAUGCGCUCAACGCAUUCAUCGCACAAUGUCAGCUGACUUUUCAACAGCUUUGCAUGACCUCGGCGGAAUGGACAAGCUCUUUGAUACUUGUGCUAUAACAUUUAGUGAGGUUCCCCAACUUACUAUAAACGGCCCUUCCUCAUUGACUGGAAGUUGGAUGCAGGCAAUUUUGGAAGGUUCUUCCUGUCCUCAAUUGAAGGAGUUACUUAAACGCACGGCUGAGGCUUUGGAUUACAGACUCGCUUGGGGCGAGCUUCAGACUGGAGCUGAAGAUGGAGCCGUCCUUCCCCUUGUUAAUGCUUCACAUCGAUUUGGUAGAAUACAAAGGUCAACAAGCCAUGGAAAUAUAUUUACUGCCGCUAGUCUUGCCGGAAUGAGGCAGGCGCUAGCUAAUAUCAAAAUAACGGCACCAAAAGAAUUUCGCUCAAUUGGUGUUUCGACCUCUGAUUGUAGUUGUGAUGAUACAUCCUUGCCCGAUACAACAACAACAACUACUACUACUACCUGGGCUCGGAUUCGAAGCAGCAGAGAAUCGCUUAAUAGUAAAAAGGCAGUCGUGUCGUCUGAUACACCAGUCAAUCCUUCCCUACCCAAUCUCACUAGACAAGUAAAUAUUCCAGAAGCUGCUGUCACUUGGAGAGCUGUUAAGGAAGUUGCGGGUAGUGAAAUGACUACUUGGGGACAGCUGAGACGCACCGCUUCUCUGGGAAAUCGCAAUGCAAAACACACCCCUGCAAAGACAAAUAAAUUGUCCUCAAAUCUACAUGGUUCUCUGAUGUCUUGCGAUUUCAACAUUUCACUGAGACCUCCAGUUUCACAAAAGGCCAUGCAUAGGUAUUCAGGAACUUUAUUGGAAAUAUUUAUGCGAGCUCGCGCUAGAGAUCUUGCUUCCAGCUCCUACAUUUCUUCACAAAGCGCAGUCCCCGCUGAGGAGGCGACCCCGCGCUUGUUAAAAAGGCUCGGCCCCUCAUUAACGGGUGAUAGUGUUUCUACGAGCCGUACAAUGUGUUCUCGGUCAUUACAGACAAAUACUUUAAUGGUAUCUCUCGGUACAGAAACUGAGCACAUGCCAAUCAAAAGGGAUAACCAAUCGGCUGUACCAUGGCUCAGAAUGACAGUUCCCCCACCAAAGACCUCUUCGCAACCCCCACGAGCCCCACCUCGUAAAUCAAGCGUCACCUCUCCCAAGAGUCGUCUCUACGUCAAUCUCUCGUGUGGCAAUGGCGUUACGUAUAAGCCCUAUUCACCUGUUCCCCCAAUGAGUCUCCUGACCACAUCCGCUGACCCUGAAUCUGAGUGUAUGUCCCGACUUCGGGAAGGCUCUCCUUUCAGCCACAUUAAAAACCCACGUGCAGCCAUAGUUUAUCCAGGGCUAGGGCGAUUGGCUAUUCCCAAACCCUCGCGUAUCGAAAGCAAUACUUUUCUCUCGCAAACCUUGCCGGAUCUUUCUCUCUUGGGAAAAGCUGCAGCUCAGGAGGCAAAAUCGGGGACACCGACGACCAAAGUUCUCCCGCCACCACCACUUCGUUCGCGCAGGUCUGUGUCCGCGGUUGCUGUGUGUCGACGCGUCACUAAUGGUGGAGUACCUGGCGGCCGCGGAACCUUAAGCACAUGUAGAAAUACUGGUAUUGAGGCCAUUCGUCGAAGAAUCAGUGGCAUUGAUGGACGCAGGGUUUCGGAUGUCCAAAGCAUUGACCGUCCUUCCGCUAAUCUCACAAGAAAGUCAACACUUCAGGCCAAUAUUUUCGAUCGACCUGUAUCGGAACCCAGCGUUGCUAACUCUCAACAAAAAUUUGCUGGGGAUAUGAUGGCCACUUCACUGAAUGAAGAAGAAAAGGCGCCUGGCAUUGCCUUGGAUUCACUACGCCCAUGUCGACCAAGGUCACAAUCAACGCAUUGCAAGAAAAGCGUCAGUUUUAAUGGUAACAUGCAUCAGCUACCGGGAUCAAUCAGCCCCUGUUUGUCACCUCCGUGUGUUCCGGACGCCCGCCGUUACGGGUCUCCUGACCCCAAGGUGAUUCCGAGGAAUUGGGGUCUUUACGGACAGGAUCCUCCACCAUUAGCCGUGUUCCAGCUAUCACAUGACGAUCAGAACAACGUUUCAAGCACAACCCGACCUUCAGAUGUCGACCUUCGUUAUCAGGGUGACACGCUAGUCUACAGUUCAGUGUGCUGGUUAUCAGACAAAAGCCUAUCCCUUUUCUAUUUAGCCAUGGUAAUGGAUGUCAUCAAAGCCGUACAGGAAACGAUCGCUUACUUCUGUCAACCGGCAACCUCACUGACCACUACGGAAGGGAGCAAGGUGACCGAAGGAAGCAGCAUCAUCACGGACUCCUCCACUUCUGCCGACGUCACCUCCAAGUCGCCGGUGAUGGUGGUGCAAAACUACUAUUCCUCUCUGGCGGCGCUGGGCAGCUCUGGACGCAGCAGUCUGCUCACCGUCGUGAACCCCCUCAUGGUUCUGGUUUCCGAUGGCCUCCUCCCGCCUCAGACCCGCGCAAUCUUCGCAAGCAAACCCAAAUCGCGCAUUUGGGCCCUUGUGGAGGAUAGUUGUCGACCUUCCCCGUAUCUCGGCAAAAUCGAGCACCACAUUGUGACCGAGGUGCUGAAUCAGGUGAAGUCCCUCACCGGCGCGAUAACCGAGAAAGUGCGCUUCAAAGCCUUCGUUUGUGGCUGCCUCAAUCAGCGAGCCCUCCUACUCUGGCUGAAUUCGCUUGUUAGCAACGAGCCCCUCCUCAAGCGCUACUACUGUGACGGAGCAUUUAUUCGCCAAUGCCGGACAACCCUUCGAGGCCUUUACGCCGACCUAACCACACACGUGGAGCAGUUGCUCAAUUACCCAUUCAACUUUGACCUUGCCGCCGAAGCCAAGCGACCAGCUGCGGUCGCCGCUUCAACUGGCUCUCUCGGCACUCCGGUGCGUGUCUCCAAGUCGGCCACACGCAAGGCAGACCAGCCCAGUGGAGACGAGUCCAAAGGGCCAAGAACAGUGAUUUUCCUUUCUCCGUUGCUGCAGACCUUUGGUCGAGCAAGUUCCGCAGCACCCGCUUGCACCGUCAAGUCUGCGUCGAAGGCCUCUUCAAAUGGCCGACCCACGUCAACGACGAAGGCCACUGACACCAAAAUGGUCCAGCCCCGGGUAAAACCCACAACCCGCCGAACACCCGUCAGCAGCGCCACUUCCUUAGAAACCCAGGCGAGUAUCCUCUCUCAUCCCAAUGGUCCCAUUGGCCCUUCGUCCGUGGCACCAAUUAAACCGAAUCCUCUCUCCUCUCCCUCGGCAUCUGUAAUGCGUGGCAAACUGCGCACGGCCUUCUCGACCUUCAGACGGUCGGCGGACGUCUCUUCGCCGCUUGUCGCCGCCGCGCGCCUCCCUCCGCCACCACCGCCUCAUCGCGCUACAGUCCUUUCGAGUAUUCCCAUUCCUUACGACGCGGCCCCACUGCGGGUCUUCCACCCGCCAGCUCCCUUCUAA